UACCGCGCUGAUUCGCUCUGCCAGAUUCACUAACAUGAAAGAACAUUCGCGCCAGUGAGUAGGGCAUUUUGCCAUCUUUCGUAGUCAGAAGCAGAGGAGACCAAGCGAUUGAAUAUCUUGCUGAUGAUAUUGUGAAUUUUGAGUUAUAGAGUCCCUGAGAAGUUUAUUUGCGGAUUUACAGUCUAUUUAGGCGACGUUGUUUGUCUGGUGUAGAGAAUGGAUGCACAAGAGCCAAAUUGAAGGCGCAGAAGAAGGAGAAGCGCAUUGAUUCUCCUCUUGUUAGAUACAAUGAAUUUGAUCAGCCAAUUUGUCGGGUUUGCGAUGUUGUUUUGAAAUCUGAAUCUCAGUGGGAUGCACAUCAAGCUUCUCGCAAACAUCAUGAGGCAAUAAGCAAUAUGAAAGCCAAUGCUGCUAGACUGAAGAAGGUUGACAAUGUGAAAACUGUGCCUAGUGGGGAGUUAUCUAAAUCUAAAUCUGUGCAUACUGCAGCAGAAUCUCAUCUUUUGAAAUCUGAGCCCUCCAAAAAUUCUCCUGGGCCGCAGUCCUCAUCUGGGCUCCCUCCAGAUUUCUUUGACAAUAACGUGAAAAAGAAACAAAAAACUGCUGUGGACUCUGUCAAUGCAUUGGAAUCAGAUACACAUAUAAAGUCAUCUUCUGAGGCCAGGAUGGAUGCAUUGCCUAGUAGUAAUGGUUUGCCGAUAAAAAGUAUUCAGCAUGCCAAGCAGCUUGCAGAGACAUCUGCAUUGAUUGAUGGUUCGGAAAGCAAGGAUGUAAAGAGAUCUCUUCCUGAAGGCUUCUUUGAUAACAAAGAAGCUGAUUUGCGUGCUCGUGGCAUUAAACCUGUGAAGGUGGAUGUCAAAGAUGAGUACAAUGAAUUUGAAAAGUUAAUCCAAGAGGACAUGAAGGAGAUUGACAACCGUUUGGAGGAAGAGGAGGUUGAUGCCGCUGAAACAAUAGAAGAGGCUGAAUCUUUCGAACAAAAGACAAAUAGAGACAAAGUUGAAAUGUUGAAAGAGAAGAAAAUGAAAUGGAUGGCUGCCAGGUCUGCUAAACGGAGCAGAGAUGUGGAGGAAGCCAGCAAGGAGUCUAGCCGUGAAGAUUUGUCAAGCGAUGAUGACACUGCUGAAAAGUUUGCAGUUGACUGGAGAGCCCAGCACCUUUGAAUUCAUAGAUUGAUGGCUGAAGGAAUUGAUUGAAUCAAAUGUCACAGUUAACACGAUUGAGAUCCUACAUCUUCUGAGCUCAUCUGUCUCGCCGUGACACAUUGUUUUGUUUAGCAAUCCUGUCGCUGGCUUAAGCACCCACACUUGGUUCUGAUUUUCUUGUAGAUAUAUAGGAUCUCUAACUGCGUAGAUCAGGUACUGAACUGGUUUGUGUAUAACUUCAUAGAAAAAUUUGUUAGCAAACAAGUUCAUUUUAUAUUUUCAUCAGGAAUUCAUGCCGAGAGCAAUAUGUGCAGGCUUUAUUCAUAAUGAUUUUAAUCAGUUACCGUUGGCCUAAGUUUAAAACACACUUUUGACACUCUUUUCAUUAUUUUAAGAAAUGUAUUGCAGUUAUCUG